AGAAAUCCCUAAUCCGUCCCAUGAAAUGUGGUGAUUUCCCUCCCAAUCAAUUUGUCUCCGGCUUCUGUUUGCCUCUCAAACUACGCUCCGUGGCCUUCCCUUCUCCCCAAAAUCCUUCUUCUUCAAUCCCGCCCUUUCAUUCUUCUGGACUUGGCAUUACUGAUUCUGAUUGGCGAAAGGCGAGCUGAAGAAUAAGAAUCCAAGAAAAUGUUUGGGCUUUCCAUGGAGCCGCGGCACGAUUCCUCUGCUUUCCCGUUGGCCAUCCGCGCUCGGCUCUCUACCGAGGACAGCGCAAGCGAUGCUUCCUCCUUCUUCGCCGGUGACUCAGACGAUAACUCCGGCAUCGAGGAGUCGGGGGAGGAAGAUGAUGAGGAUACCAAAGCGGACAAUGUUGCCUUUCUUAGGCGGCCGUCGAUGCCCAUAGCCCGUGUCACUGAGGAUGAUGUAGAUGAUGAUGUUCUUCAAGAGUUGCUGUUUGAGGAUGAUGAUAAUGAGGAGGAGGAGGUGGUGGAGGAGGGGGAUGUGAAUCCUAAGCUGGCAGUGGUGAAAUUGGUUGAGGAGAGCUUGAAUGCGGAAGUGGAUGAGGGAUUUGCCUUCGGAAGGGAGGAGAGUGGCUUGUUUGACGGAAACGAGGUGAAAGAUAAUAGCUUGGGUGAUGAUGGCCCUGCAAACGUAUCAGAGGACGAGUUGCUGGUGCGGGAAGAGGAGAAGGGUAAUGUUGAGGAGGUGGAGAGAAUGAUUGCUCCUAUUGUUGAUACUGUUGCUGAUGAAGGUGGAUUGGAGUUGAAUGAUGUGAAGGAGGAGAUGGAUGGCAGUAAGGUUGAAGAUGAUAUGGGUUUCAGUCCCGUUGUUUGUGAGAAAAUUGGAGCUGUUGGCUAUGGGAAUGCGAAUAAGGGAUUUAAACUGGAGUUGAAGAAUUUGGUGGUUGAAUCAAGUAUCAUAGAUUCAGAAAAAAGCAAUUUUGCUGGUGAUAUUGAUUCCGCUCAAAAUUCUGUCAUGGAGGUGGUGCCGAGGGCAUUGAGAUCUGAAGCCGAUCAUGCUAACAUGGUGAUUCCAGAGGUUGAAGGAAACCCUAUUGAGAUUGUGAAGAUUGAAGCAUCUGGUGCUGUUACUUCUAACCAACACUGGAACGAUGAGGCAGAACCAAAGUCCGCUGAAGCUGAAUUUGGCGUUUGGGAGGACCUGGAAGAGGUGGCUUCUGAUGCUAUUGAUCCCAAAAAUUACUUUUUUGGUGAAAAGACGUUGGACACUAGUGAAGCUGAAGCUCAUUCUAAUGAAUUCAAGGGAUUUGAAGCGAUUAAGGCUGUUGGUUUUAGCCAUAGUCAAAUCCUUGAGAUGUCAAGUCUUCAUGGUAGUGAAGCAUCUGAACCAAAACAUCCUGAAGUAUGUGCUGUUAAUAUGGAAGCUGAGAAAGAUAAGUAUUUGUGUGAGAAUGUUAAUUCUGUGGUUUCUGAGAAAGGAAAGGAUUCUUCUGGCAAGCUUCUUAUUUCAACUGGUUCUGAGAAUUCUCAUGGGAGUAGUUCUCCAAGUAAGGAUGUUUCUGCACAAUUUUUAGAAAAUUUUAAUGAGAAGAAUGAUGAGUCUCGAGCUUUUGUUAAAGAAGUUUUCAUAACCGAGAAUUACAAUGCCUCAGAAGAGGAUGACCAUGUGAUUUCUGAAUGGCCUGCAAGUUUAGCCAUAUCAGAGAACACAGAAUCUGUGAAGCAUAUCCUAAAAGAGAUGGAGGAUAAUUCUUCCCUUUCACAUUCAGAUUUUGAAACUUUACAAAGUUAUUCACAUAGUUUAGAUGGUCAAACUAUUUCUAAUUCCGACAAGGAAGGGGAAACCGAUGAGGAUGGCAGUGCAAAAGAGCUCUUUGACACGUCUGCCCUGGCUGCACUCUUGAGAGCUUCUAAUGCUGCUUUUUCUGGUAGAGCUGCUCACUUGACUUCUCAGGAUACUUCUUCCAUGAAUGAUAUUAAUGAUGAAGAGAACACCUUAUACUUGAAGUUAGAACAAAUAUGGGCAAAGUACCUGUGCCUUGUAGAGAAGCUGGGGUAUUCUGCUAAUGAUGCUUUGCCUGAUCAUGUUCUUUAUCGAAUGGGCUUAAUAAAUCGGGCGAGAUGUGGAAGAACAAUCGGUGAAGAAUUCAGACCUGAAAUUGCUAAAAAGUUGGCCUUGAAGCUUGAUGAGGGUAAGGAUGAUUUCUCCUUCUCAUGUACUAUUCUAGUUAUUGGGAAGACAGGUGUUGGCAAGAGCGCUGCAAUCAAUUCCAUCUUUGGUGAAGAAAGAGCUUUUACUGAUCCAUUCAAAGCUGCAACAACUUCAGUGAGAGAGAUUUCUGGAGUGGUUGAUGGGGUUCAUAUUCGCUUCAUAGACACACCUGGGCUGUUAACUUCUAUGAAUGAUCAAGGAGCAAACAGGAGGAUUCUAUCUGCAAUAAAGAAGUAUACUGGUAGAUGUCCUCCUGAUGUUGUUCUGUAUGUCGAUCGCUUGGACGCAUAUAAUCGAGAUUUCAAUGAAUUGCCUAUGUUGCGAAUGAUUACUAAUGUGUUAGGAUCAUCAAUUUGGUUCAAUGCCAUUAUUGCUCUCACGCAUGGAUCUUCGGUUUCUCCCGAUGGAUCCGACGGUUCUUCCUCGAGCUAUGAAGGGUUUGUUCUUCAAAGAUCUAAAGUGGUUCAACAAUUGAUUCGGCACGCAACCGAGGACACGAGCCUUGUGAAUUUGGUGGCUCUUGUGGAUAGUGAUCCUUCUUGCAGGAGGAAUAUAGAUGGAGAGAGCAUACUUCCCAAUGGUCUCAAGUGGAGGCCUUGGUUGCUUCUCUUAUGCUACUCAUCCAAAAUACUAUCAGAGCUUAAUUCCCUUGUGAAGCUUGAGAUUCCUUCACCAAAAAAGCUUUUCCCAUUUCAAUGGCCUUAUCCCCUUCCUGUCUUUUUGUCAUCCCUUCUGCAUUCUAAAGUUCAGGGAGUUGAUAUUGACUUGGAAAACAUGACAAAAGAAGUACUAGACUAUGAUAAUGAACUCGAUUAACUCCUGAAGAAAUCUCAAGUUCAAAAGCUUACCAAAGCUCAUGUUCAGCUCAAAAGAUUGAAAAAGAUGCAGGGAGAGAAAGGAGGUCAAAGUAUUGAUAUUGCACGUCAGUUCCCUGUGUCUUUCGCUGUUCAGAUCAUGAAAGACAAAGAGGAGUUCACCAUCCACCUAGAUUCCUCCAUUGAAUCCAACCCACAGAUUGGGAAGCAGAUGGCUUACUCCAUUCAGUCUGAGACCAGGUUCAGGAACUUGAAGAAGAAAACUGGACUUAAAUUAGAAGAACAGAUUAAUCUUGGGAAGAAGCUUUGCCUGGUUGCCAGUAAUGGCGUGGUUCGAGCACAAAGAAAUAUGUUUUGUGGAGUGGAUUUGGAGGUCUGUUUCAGGGAAAAGGAUUAUCCUAUUGGGCAAGCUCUUAAUGCCUUUGGUCUAUCUGUGAUUAAAUGGAGAGACUUUGCUGUGGGUGCUGAUUUUCAGUCUGAGUUCUCCAACGGUCGGAAUUCAAAGAUGGCGCUUCGUGUUGGGCUUAACAAUAGAUGCAAUGGGCAAAUUUCUAUCAAGACUAGCAACACUGAGCAGGUUCAUAUAGCCCUUCUGGGACUGUUUUCUCUUGUUUUGUCUGUUUGUAAGAGCAACUGGAAUGGCCAAACUAAAUAGGUUAAAUACUUAAAUAGAUUUUAUUUCCAUUAUGUUAGCCUUAUAACAGCAUAACAAUUAUACUUGUUACAAAUGAAGAUACCUUACAUUUUCU